GGAAGUCAGACAUCACAAAGGAACACUGUGUACUAAUGUAACUCUACACUUUUAAGCAGAAACAGUCCUUUACAUAGAUGGAAUUUCACUCGACCAUAUAUACACAUGAAUGACAGUAGCCGUCUCGUGCUGCAGGUGUAGUUUUGAUCACUCAGGAUGGACGGAGACGGACUGACAGCACGAGCGAUGUCACCGUCACGUGAUCCUCUCAGCUCCGCUCCAGGGAAAGUCUGCAAAAUGGAGGACCAAUCUAAAGAACCAGAGCAGCUCAGAAAGCUGUUUAUUGGAGGUCUGAGCUUUGAAACCACGGAGGAGAGUUUACGGGCCCACUUUGAACAAUGGGGUACUCUUACGGACUGUGUGGUGAUGAGGGACCCCAACAGCAAGCGUUCAAGAGGGUUUGGCUUUGUAACAUACUCCUCUGUGAGGGAAGUCGACGAGGCUAUGAAAGCAAGGCCUCAUAAAGUAGAUGGAAGAGUUGUCGAGCCCAAGAGGGCCGUGUCCAGAGAGGACUCUAAUAAACCAGGUGCCCAUCUGACCGUGAAGAAGAUCUUUGUCGGCGGUAUCAAGGAGGACACCGAGGAGUACCACAUCCGCGAACACUUUGAGAAGUACGGAAAGAUUGAAUGCAUUGACAUCAUGGAGGAACGAUCUACUGGGAAGAAGCGAGGCUUCGCCUUUGUGUCGUUUGAUGACCAUGACACCGUAGACAAAAUCGUUGCCCAGAAAUACCACACAAUCAACUUCCACAAUUGUGAGGUCAGGAAAGCUCUCUCCAAACAGGAAAUGAGUGCUAUGUCCUCAAACAGAGGCAGAAGUGGAGGAUCUGGAAACUUCAUGGGGAGAGGUGGCAAUUAUGGAGGUGGAGGCAACUUUGGCCGAGGUGGCUAUGGUGGAGGAAGAGGUGGUUAUGACGAUUUUGACAAUGGUCCAGGAGGAAAUUAUGGUGGCGGACCAGGUUAUGGAGGAGGCCGAGGGGGCUACGGAGGCGGUGGUCCAGGGUAUGGCAACCAGGGUGGUGGAUUUGGAGGCAACUGCGAUGGAGGUUAUGGAGGCAGUGAUGGAGGUAGAAGAUACGGAGGUGGUGGAAAUUACAACGACUUUGGUAAUUAUGGUGGACAGCAGUCUAACUACGGGCCCAUGAAGGGUAACAACUUUGGUGGAAGAAAUUCAGGGGGACCCUAUGGUGGUGGCUACGGCUCUGGUGGAGGCGGCGGAGGUGGCUAUGGUUCACGGCGAUAUUAAUUAUUUCGUGUUUUGAUGUGGAAAGAGGAAUUCUCUUCUUGCUGAAAAUCUGUAAAGACCUGAUAACAUGGAAGGUUCUGGAUGGGUAAGACUUUUUCAAAAUAUUAUCAAAGGUUGCUCAUGUUGUGAUCUAACAGUGCAGAUGGUAAUUAUACAAAGGUGCAAGGGUUCUUUUAAGGUAAAAGAGCAGUAUGAUAUAAUCCAGUGUCACUCCACUUUGACCUUCAGCGCACUGCUUCUGUUUCAAAAUAUGUCGUCUCCAUGUUUUAUUACCUUUAUUAUCAGUUAGAUCUGAUAAAGUUUUAUACUGAUAAAACACUAAACAAAUUAAUUACAUUAUCAGGCUCUCCUUAUAUGGGUUUUACACUCAGUGGCCACUUUCCUAGGUACACAUGUACACUCUAUUAGAAUACAACUAAACAGCUCUGCUGUAAAUUCUACCUUUGCAAAGUUUAUAAUUUCAUUUUUGAUGAGAUUUUUAGAGAUGUCUGCAUUCAGUCAUGUUUGAUUACUGAGGUUAUAGUUAAAGAUCCCAUAUUUAGUUAAUUUUCAAGUUUUUUAAUUUGGAUGUUUACUAAGCAACUUUAAUGUCCAAACAUCAGAUUUCUCAUAUCAAUUGCUGCAGUUCCUCUAUUUACCCUCUCUCUGAACGCUCCUGUCUCUUUAAGGGCCUCCCUCCUGAAUUGUCAAGUCUGCUCUGAUUGGUCAGCUCUCACAGGCCUGAGCAGACACUGCCCACCGUCUUUUCAGCAUCAGCCGCCGGUGUUUUUGCAACCACGGCUCUGCUGACUGAGGGUGGUGACUGUAUCGUUGUGACAUCACAAUGUUACAGAAGUCCCGGCGGCUCGAUUGAGAAUCGUUUCAGAAUCUGGCCUGUUUGCGUUUCCCUGUGGAUUGAGGGACUGGAUACUUUCACAGAAUUUAUAUGGCACCUAAACCUGCUUUAUAUUCAAGAUGAAAAAAACACUUGGAAAUCUAACUUUCAGUAAUACGAGACCAUAAAAAGGGUAAAGGUGUUCCGAACUACAUUGUAUUGACAGGCGUCUCAAGUUUUCAGUCCUCAUGAAAGCAGACUUAAAGGGUAAUUUUUACACAUUAACGUGUGUUUACAGGUCUUUGAGAGUGCUACUGCAUUUUUGAAGACAGUAGAAUAAAGCUUUUUGUGAUGUCACUCACUGGCUCAGUUGCAUUGUGGGUAAUGUAGAUUUUGAAAAGCAGUCCACCAGUGUAGCACUGGACACCUUUUAGUCAUGAUGGACAGUUUAAAAACAAAUGAUUGAAGUCGAUACAACAGAAACAGAUACUGCCGUUCUUAACGUGUGCAUUUUUCUUCCUUAUUUAAAACCUGGCACUGACAUUACCCACAGUAAAACUUGGCCACCCUGUUACAUAACACAAGGUAAUUUAUCAGAUUACAUGCAGCUUCCACGGGAAAGAUUUUAGCAUUGCUUACUCUAAAACAACACAUGCAAUCACUGUUGAGGGGGUAAAUGUUACUUAUUUUGAAUGUAAAGAUCACAACGUAUGCACUAUAUUUAAUGGGUUUUUUUAUUAGAGACAUGUCAUUCACAAAGCUAAAUGCUCUAAUUCAAACCCAUCCUUAGUUGUUUUUUGAUUGUUACUUUGAGUCUCUCUCUUCCAGUAAUACCUGUCACCAUUGUCUAAAGAAGUCUGUCACUCAUUUAUAAUUUAUUUUCUUAUUCUACCAUUGCCUGUUGUUAGCCUUUUAUUUUCUGGUUUUGUUUAUUGAACUGGUAUGAUUGGUAUGAUGUUUGUAGAUAUAUAUAUGUAUAUAUAUAUUUUUACCAAAUAAAGUUUUUGUUUUGCUU